ACUCCACUUCUAAACUGAAGCGACGGAUAUCUUUUUGCAAAACGUUUUCUUCAAGUUCAUUUCUCUACCUCUAAUUAGAAAUAUAUGGCUUACUAUAUUUUUUUUUGAAAAUAAAGAUAGAUUGAUAGAAUAGAGAAGAAACUCAUCGUUUGAUUCAGUCUCGUCUGUAACUAAUUCAUGCUGAAUUGUUCUUUUGAUGACUGAAUUUAUGAGAUUACUAUAUUUGAGGGAAACAUGAGGGGUAUUUUCGAGCCGCAACGUCAGCAGAAUGGAUUCCCUUUCAGAUAAGGUACAACCUACAAUAGUACUGCAUUCCAUCCAUUAGCAAAUCUCCAUAUCAGAGAAACAUCUGAAACCAUGGCAGUUUCGACGGAGUCAUACUUCUUCAUGUCCAUUCUCUCACUCAGUUUUCUUCUCUGUUUAACAAUGUUUGCGGGAAAAUCAUCAGGUGCAACUGUACCAGCGAUGUACAUUUUUGGUGACUCUCUUCUAGACAGUGGGAAUAACAACUUCUUGCAGACUAUAGCGAAACCGAAUUAUACUCCUUAUGGAAUUGAUUUCAUCACCGGUGAACCAACGGGAAGAUUUACAAAUGGUGCUACUGGAGGAGAUUUCAUAGCACAACUUCUUGGCUUACCUUAUCCACCAGCGUAUUUGAGUCUGUCCGAGGCAAGUAGGAAAAUCACCACCACCGGAAUCAACUAUGCCUCUGGUGGAUCGGGCAUUCUUUCCGAAACUGGAACCAUAUUGGGAGACAUAUUAACUCUAGAUGAACAAAUCAACUACUUUAAUAGCACAGUGACAAAAGAUUUGCCAACAAACCUCUCCUCUACCUUGCAUAGGUCUAUCUUUCUUAUUUCCACUGGUAGUAAUGAUUAUCUCAACAACUAUCUACAACCUCAGUUCUCCAACAGUAGCCAAACCAAUCCUCCUCAAAAAUUUGCUAAUCUCCUGUUAGACACUUUCGAACAACAAUUGACGAUUAUAUACAAAUUAGGAGGGAGAAAAUUCGUAGUGUUUGGUCUCGGUGCUCUGGGAUGUUUACCAAUAGUGAUAGCCAGUGCUCAUCCAAAGCCAACAACUCUAUGUGUAGAGGAUGUAAACAAUUUGAUUAACAUUUAUAAUUAUGGACUUCCAAUUAUGUUACAACGACUUGCUUCCCGCUUACAAGGCUUUACUUUCGUCCGAGCCGAUCUUUUUACACUAAGUUAUGCUCAGUUUCAAGAUCCUAUUAAAUUUGGAUAUACCGAUGGAAGAACACCGUGCUGUAAUUUUGGUGUAUCGGGAAUGUGUAUACCUGGACAAAACCCAUGCAGUGAUAGAGAUAAUCGUCUUUUCUAUGAUGCAAUUCAUCCGGUUCAACUAGUGAACUACCAAUUCGCAGGAGAUUGCUUCUUUGGUAACUCAAGGUGCACCCCGAUCAACAUUAAAGAAUUAGCAUUGAAGCAGUCAUGAUAUAUGAAUUCCAAAACACGGUUUUUAUUUUUUGUUCAACUGUUUUGUUUUCUUUUGUUUUCCUAUAUGAACUUGGAGCUCCUUGCUUUUGUUCCCUCAUUUUUGAUUAAUAACUUUUUUGUGUUAAAGAAAUAAAUAAAAUGAAGUCCGCAACACGUUUACUUGGUCAA